AUUAAUUGAAAUAGCGAUACUGGAAUAUCAUCAUUCGAGACUCUCGAGAGUGACCUUGUCAAAUAAAAAGUUAUUUUUUUGUACAGAAUUAUAAAGAUUUGAUGUUAUGAAUCAUGCGGGUUAUAAUUUGGUUCCUUCUGGCAUUCAUGCUACAUUACGUGACCUCUAUAAGAAGCAUUAAUACCCAAAAUAGCCAAAGUAAAAGUAGUAGUAGAAUUAAUGAUAAUAAUCACAUCGGCACAGAUAUUUUAUACGCCAGCUCCUUAUUAAAUGCGGUACAUAUUCACAAGACAGAACUUUUGAGCGAUGAACAGGACCUUGUGCAAAAUAGCGACGGUAUAAUCGACGGUUUUACAUCUGCUAGCUUAAAAGCUGCGCUUUCUGAUAGUAACGGCGGAAGUUCACCAUCUUCAUCUGCCUCAGCACAAUUCGGUGAUGGAGACGAUAGCGGAAAAGGAGGUGCUGUUGAUGCCAAAAACUAUAGCAACGUAAUAACUAAUAACAUUAAUUUUGAUACACCGUUAAAUCAUUUGGUUGUCGACACAUUCACUGGACGAGUAUUUGUGGGUGGUGUCAAUUAUUUAUAUCAACUUUCACCGCAGCUAGAAUUACACGAAACAGUAAAAACCGGCCCAAAAAAUGACUCGGUCGAAUGCACUGUCUUAGAUUGCCCAGCUCAUGCCGUACGCAAGCCUACAGACAAUUAUAACAAGGUGCUGCUGAUCGAUCGUGCUACCUCACGUUUAAUUGCGUGCGGAUCUUUAUUUCAAGGCACGUGCUCUGUCCGUAAUUUGCAAAAUAUUAGCAUUGUCGAACAGGAUGUACCAGAUGCCGUUGUUGCGAAUGAUGCAAACUCAUCUACUGUAGCAUUCAUAGCGCCAGGGCCACCGCAACCGUCGAUCACCAACGUCAUGUAUGUAGGUGUCACGUACACAAAUAAUUCUCCAUAUCGUAGCGAGAUUCCUGCUGUAGCAUCACGCUCACUCGAAAAAACUAAAAUGUUUCAAAUCGCAUCAUCGGCAGUAACAACGGGCACAAGAACCUUUAUAAAUUCGUACGCCCGAGAAGGCUAUUUAAUAAAUUACGUUUAUGGAUUUAGUUCUGAAAGAUUUUCAUAUUUUUUAACGACCCAAUUGAAACACAAUUAUCAUUCUUCACCGAAAGAGUAUAUAACGAAAAUUGUGCGUAUUUGCCAAGAAGACUCAAACUACUAUUCAUACACAGAAAUCCCAAUUGACUGUAUAACUGGUGGUACUAAAUAUAAUCUAGUUCAGGCUGGUUACUUGGGUAAGCCGAGUAUGGAUUUAGCCGGAAGUCUGGGCAUAACCGUCCAAGAUGACGUUCUCUUCGGAGUAUUUAGUGUUGGAGAUGGAAAUGUAUCUACUGAUAAUUCAGCUUUAUGCAUUUACUCGUUAAAAUCUAUACGGCGAAAAUUUAUGCAGAAUAUCAAAUCUUGCUUUAAUGGCGUUGGCUCUCGUGGUCUGGAUUUUAUAUCACCAAAUAUGUUAUGUGUUCCAACUAAACUCCAAACUAUUGGCGAGGAUUUUUGCGGACUCGACGUGAAUUCGCCAUUAGGAGGUGAACAACCCAUUGCCGUUGUACCGGUAGCCAAGUUUGAUACUCGGCUCACAGCAGUUGCGGCUACAAGUACUAGUGGCUAUACGGUCGUUUUCAUUGGCACUGCAAAUGGACAUUUAAAAAAAGUAGUUGUUGAAUCAGUGGAUUCCGCAAAUGAGUACGCGGAUAUACCAAUAAAAGUGGGUUCUCCUAUUAAUCCAGAUAUGCACUUUGAUAGCCGAAAUCUUUUUAUAUACGUAAUGUCGCUUAAUGAAGUAGCUAAAGUUAAGGUUUAUGAUUGCUCCGACUAUAGAACGUGUGGAGAGUGUUUGGGUGCACGCGAUCCCUAUUGCGGAUGGUGUUCGCUUGAAAACAAAUGUAGUCCACGUUCUAGUUGCCAAGACGAUGCUAAUGACCCUCUCUACUGGGUUAGUUAUAAAACAGGCAAAUGCACUACAAUUACAAGUGUUGUACCACAUCAACUUCAGCGAACUACAGCAAGAACUUUAGAACUCAUUAUCGACCAUUUGCCGCAAUUGAAAGAAAAUCUUGUUUGCGCAUUUACUACGGAAGAAAAAGCACUUUUUACGAAUGCUACAAAAAAGCGUAAUGGUGUGAAUUGCACAACUCCACGUACAGAUAUGCUACCACAAAUAGAACAGGGAAAACAUCAUUUCACCGCCAAACUAUCCGUACGAACUAAGGAUGGACCAGAUCUUGUCUCCACCGAUUUUACUUUUUUUGAUUGUAGCACACAUUCAUCAUGUACUCGCUGUGUAUCUUCGGAAUUUCCUUGCGAUUGGUGUGUGGAAGCUCAUCGAUGUACACAUGACACUGCUGAAAAUUGUCGCAAUGACAUUCUUGUUACUGGAGUUAGUCGCAUUGGACCUAGCUACCGUUCAGGUCCUGGUUUUUGUCCAACUAUAAACGCCACUGGUGAAGGUAGUGAGAUGCUUGUUGCUGCUGGGACUAGUAAGUCCAUAAAAGUUAAAGUGCAUAUAAUUGGGCAGUUUAUAGUACAAACACGUUUUGUAUGCCAGUUUAAUAUCGAAGGACGUGUCACUAGUUUAAAUGCACAAUUAUUGGGAGAUACUAUAUAUUGUGACAAUAUGGAGUUCCAAUACACUUCACGCUCUCCUAAUUUAACUGCAACAUUUGCUGUUAUCUGGGGUGGCUCAAAGCCACUCGAUAACCCUCAUGAUAUUCAUGUUGUGAUAUAUAGAUGUCGUGAUAUGGCUGACAGCUGUGGUAUGUGUUUAGCUUUAUCAGAAAAAUAUAAUUGUGGUUGGUGUUCGUCUACAAAUACGUGUGAAGUUGAAGAACAAUGUAAUAAAAAUAAUGAAGGUAAAACGGAUUGGUUGAAUCGUAUGGAAACUUGCCCCAAUCCUGAAAUUCAUUUAUUUUAUCCAAAAACUGGUCCCUGGGAAGGCGGGACAAACAUUACUAUACGCGGUAUUAAUUUAGGAAAAAAUUUCUCUGAUAUAUAUUCAGGCGUACGAAUUGCCGGUAUCAGCUGCAUGCCUUUUCCAGAAUACUAUGUUGAUACUAAGGAAAUUGUUUGCAACGUAGAUAGUCCUGGUGUUCAAUUGUAUCGAAGUGGUCGCAUUGUUGUACAAAUUGGUGAUUAUAGGGGUGAAUCUAAAGAGGAUUACGAAUUUGUUGAUCCAAAAAUUACACAUUUUUCGCCACAAUAUGGUCCAGUUUCUGGUGGUACUCACUUAAGGAUAGUGGGCAAAUAUUUGAAUGCCGGAUCCCGAAUUCAAGCAUUUAUAAACGAGCAUCUGCGUUGCGAAAUAAUUAGCGUAGAUGUUACGGAAGCUAUAUGUCGCACCGCACCUUCACCAGGUAUCAUAGAAGGUCGCCUCAAAAUGCUAUUUGACAAUGGACCCCGGGAGUUUAACGAAUAUAAUUUUAAGUAUGUUCUGGAUCCCACUAUCGAUCAAGUAUCGUCAGGUCCUAGUAGCCAACUAAAAGUACCCCGUGGUAUUCCAGCAGGAGGUAUUGAAAUCGCUGUAACCGGAACUCAAUUCAACUAUAUUCAGAGUCCAAGAAUGUACGUAUAUUAUAAAAGUGAAAUAUUUUACAGCCAAUGUAAGGUUCAAUCGGCGACGGAUAUGUUAUGUUAUUCUCCUGUAAUUGAAACAGGCAAUGACAUAUUUGAUGCAGAUAAUCCGGAACUACUAGAAUAUGGAUUUAUUAUGGACAACGUUUUAAGAGUUCAAAAUCUCUCUAGUAAGCAAAAAAAUCAUUUUGAGCUUUAUCCAAAUCCUUUAUAUUACAAUUUCGAAGAGGAUAUAAAAUAUUAUAAAAGUGAAUAUUUAACAAUUAAUGGACGAAAUUUGGAUCGCGCAUGUAAGGAAACGGACGUAAUUGUACGAAUUGGCAAAGGUAUUUGUAACAUAACAUCACUGUCUCGUCAACAAUUAACAUGCCGCCCUCCACCAGAAGUAGCAACAGAAUCGGGUAAUGAAUCAGGUCCAGAAGUAAUUGUACGUAUAGGACAUUCUUUGCAAUAUCGCAUUGGGAUAUUGAGUUAUGCAUCACCAAAUUUAAUGCAUGACUUAAGCAAAAAUGUACAGUUAGGCAUCGGAGCAGGUACAGUGGUGAUUCUUUUGAUUUUUGUCGCAUUUCUCGUAGCAUACAAAAAGAAAACUUCAGAAUCAAAUCGCGUUUUGCGUAACAUGCAAGAGCAAAUGGAUAUAUUAGAGCUUCGUGUUGCGGCGGAAUGUAAAGAAGCCUUUGCCGAACUUCAAACAGAAAUGACAGAUUUAACAGGUGAUCUUACUUCCGGGGGAAUACCUUUUUUGGACUAUCGUACAUAUGCUAUGAAAAUUCUUUUUCCAAAUCACGAAGAUCAUAUUGUACUACAAUGGGAACGUCCCGAAUUACUACGCAAAGAAAAAGGAUUGCGCCUGUUUGGUCAACUUAUAAUGAAUAAAACAUUUUUAUUACUUUUUAUUCGGACACUGGAAUCGAAUCGUUACUUUUCCAUGCGUGAGCGUGUCAACGUCGCUUCUCUUAUAAUGGUAACACUACAAUCAAAGUUGGAAUAUUGCACCGACAUACUAAAAACGUUGCUUGGUGACUUGAUUGAAAAAUGUAUUGAAGGGAAAAGUCAUCCAAAACUUCUGUUGCGUCGUACCGAAAGUGUGGCAGAAAAAAUGCUUAGUGCUUGGUUCACCUUUUUGCUGUAUAAGUUCUUAAAAGAAUGUGCUGGCGAACCAUUGUAUAUGCUGUUUAGAGCAGUCAAAGGUCAAGUAGACAAAGGACCCGUUGACGCGUGUACACACGAGGCCCGUUACUCGCUAAGUGAAGAAAAGCUUAUACGUCAACUUAUCGAUUUUCGCCCAAUGACGGUAUAUGCUAGUAUUAUACAACAGCCAAUAUUCUGCAAUAGUAUUGAUAUGAUGCCAACACAUACCGAAAAUGUACCCGUCAAGGUCCUUGAUUGUGAUACAAUUGGUCAAGUUAAGGAAAAGUGCUUGGACACAAUAUAUCGUAACAUUCCCUGGAGUCAACGACCACGAAGAGAUGACUUAGAUUUAGAAUGGCGUACGGGAGCUAGUGGUCGUGUAAUUUUAUAUGAUGAAGAUACAACUUCGAAAACUGAGAGUGAAUGGAAAAAACUCAAUACACUACAACACUAUAAUGUUCCUGACGGCGCUGGACUGAGCUUAGUACCCAAGCAAAGCUCAAAUUACAACUUUUCAAUACUUUCUGAUAGAAAUGAAAAGUGCCACAAAUAUGAAACAUUGAAUUUAUCGAAAUAUACAUCUUCCUCACCAACGUUUAGCCGAGCUGGUAGCCCUCUAAAUAAUGACUUACAUGAAAAUGGUAUAAAGUUUUGGCAUUUGGUAAAACACCACGAUAGCGAUAUACAAAAAGAGGGUGAACGUGUCAAUAAGCUGGUAUCGGAGAUAUAUUUAACACGUCUGUUAGCAACCAAAGGAACUUUGCAAAAAUUUGUCGAUGAUCUUUUUGAGACAAUCUUUAGUACGGCACACCGAGGCUCCGCAUUGCCAUUAGCAAUAAAAUAUAUGUUUGACUUUUUGGACGAUCAAGCAUUACUACAUGGAAUAACCGACCACGAAGUUGUGCACACUUGGAAAAGUAAUAGUUUGCCCUUAAGGUUUUGGGUUAAUUUAAUUAAAAAUCCAAAUUUUGUGUUUGACAUACAUAAAUCAAAUAUAGUUGAUUCCUGCUUAUCAGUUGUAGCACAGACGUUUAUGGACUCUUGCUCAACAUCAGAUCAUCGUUUAGGUAAAGAUUCUCCGAGCUCGAAAUUGUUGUACGCAAAAGAUAUACCGGAAUAUCGCAAAUGGGUUGAAAGAUAUUAUCGUGAUAUAAGAGAAAUGCCAUCGAUCUCCGAUCAAGACAUGAAUGCUAUGUUAGCCGAAGAAUCGCGACUACAUACAACGGAGUUUAAUACAAAUUGUGCCCUCCACGAACUAUAUACAUAUGCUGUAAAAUAUAAUGAACAAUUAACUGUAACAUUAGAAGAAGAUGAAUUUUCACAAAAACAGAGACUUGCCUUUAAAUUAGAGCAAGUUCAUAACAUGAUGUCAGGAGAGUAAAAAUGUAUACUGUUUAGAAAUUUACUUUUGUAUGCGAUAUUAUUUUGUUAGGUGUCUUCAAUUUUGUCGAAACAAACGUAUAUGAAAUCACUUAUAUUCAACAAAAGAGAAAAGAAAGACAACACAUUUACCAGCUCUUUGAUAAGCUUUUGCUUCAUUUAGUAGCACAACGACAACCAAUUGUAUACAAAUAACGAGCAAUAAUUUGGCUAUUCGGAUUUAUCUAUAAGCUGAACAAUUUAAGGAAGUAAAGUCGUCACUAGAUUUGUAUUAAAAAAUUGUAUAAUGUAACUAUUACUUUUUUAAUGUACGUGUGCAAGAGCUUUGAAAUGUUUAUAAUUAUCAGAGCAACGAAGCACGAUAUGAAAUGUUUUAGUCUCUUCUAUAUUCUCUUAUGCGGUGGCGUACAUUUGUUUCUGAGGAUAUAAUUGGCGAAAGUCUUCAAAGUGUAUAAAACGAACUAAAUUCCAUGCAUCUAUUCUUGUUCAGGUUUACCGUAUACGUGUUCCACCACGUCAAAUACUAAAUCAAAUUUUUUAAUUAUAACUAAAAGCGCUAAGUCAAAAGGAAAUAAUUCUUAAUGUUUGUUUUAAAGACCUUGAGCAUUUAUACUUAUUAUUGCAGUUAUAAAAGUAAACAUAAAUCGUAAAACAUACAAAUAUAUAAUUUGCUGAAACUUCUGCAAAUCUCAAAGAUACUCACUAGUACUGUUUUUUAAGUAUUUCUUUAGUCGAUUUAGAUCUUUCCAUUUAUUUGCCGAUCCGUUUCAGAUGGAAUUGCAUAAUCACGAACAAAAAAAUUAAUAUAGCAGAUAUAAGGUCAUAUGAACAUAAAUAAUCGUAAAAACACAAAAACGACUGAUUUUAUAUGAAAUAUAAAGUAAAAUAAAUGUUUAUAUUAUACAAAUCAUUUAGCUUAACAAUAUUUAGGUAAAAUAAUACUAAACAUCCAGGUACUAUAAGAAAAUAAAUAAGAGCGCGUUUAUUUAUUUUGUUGUACUGCUAAGGAUGUGUGUAGUGUUUUAAAUUAUAAUUGUAGUAAUAGUUGUCUGUACUAAUUUGUCUAAAAAUUGUAAAUGUGUACUGAAUGUAUGUCGUAAUCAUAACAAUAAGAAGUGUAUUGGUAAAUCUAUUUGCUCCAAAUUGGUGAAAACCUAUGUGACAGGUGGGAGGUUCACUACAAAGGAAUGUGCAACUUAGUGUACAUAAGUAAUUAUGUAUGAUUAUAAAAAGGUAUAUAUUAUAGUACUCGGAUGACAGUGAGAGUACAUUAAGACUUUUUUUUAUAAUUUCGGCAUCACUAUUCAUUUAAAGUUACUGAAAAAUUAACCUGAAAUAUUAAAACUGUAAAGAAUCUGAUGGUAUAACAACCAUUUAAUUAUAUUUUAACGUAUUCUAUUACAAUGUAACUUUCCCACCUUUAGAGAUUGCACCUAUGAAUAGAGUGUACGACACCUUUAGGGGCUUAGAUUGUUAAGCUGGUCUAAUUAAAUGCUGUUAUUGGCUUGCUUAAAUUAAUGAGAAUGUAUGUCAUUAAUAAAAAAAAUGUUCCGGGACUCGAAAAUAAUUUAAUGUAAUGGCCCACGCACAUUCAACUUUUCGCGCUUUUCGUGUCAAUUCAUGCUUUAACAACAAACAAAUCGAACAAAGCAACGGGUAUGUCACAAUGAACGCUUCUCAUAAAAAUGGCGACUGCUACUUGGCAAAGCGGAAAAAGAUAAGAGUUUUUAAACAUGUUGUUGCGCCUUUCUGCCUUUCGCUUCGAUGCAAACAAACUCAUACGAGAGCAUAAUGUGAAGCAAGAGUUCUGUGUGAAUCAGCCAUAAGUGGUUCGAAUCAGUGAUCUGCAGUGAAUGAUUUAAAUACAACUUUGAGUUACUUGCGAAAAAUUGAGUAUGAAGCACACAAAUUAUUGACGGAAAGAUUACAAGUGUGAUUACUGCUCACUUACUAUUAUGAGAGCGACAGAGUUUUAGCUUGUCAACUGCUUAACUUGUAUUACAGCCCUGACAGGCGACAGCGCAAAUAUGCAUUAGCAAGCUUAAUUUACAUUUAUUUCCGCAUUUGACCCAUGUUAAUGCAAGUUUGUAAUGCACAAGAAUUUCGUGCAUUUAGCUGAAUUUACCAAAUUUGAGUAGGCAACACUGCUCAAAAAUGGCCGAAUUUUGCAAUUUUUUGACAGAUGUCGCUUAAAGCCGCCUCCUUUGCGUUUGCAGCAUCAGAGGUAAGCAGUUUUAUAUUGCUAAUUCAAUUAUGUCCAAGUAUAUUGACAUAAACAAAUUUUAAUAUAUUUAGAUGGCAGAAAAUAAACAACGCACAGUUUGCUAUCCAUUUUUCCAAUAUUCCUAACUUUUUCCGCAUUACAAUCAAUUAUUGCUUUUAAUUUCACUCUAUUAUGUUUUAACGUAGUUAAUAAUAAACGAAUUUUUUUGUAAAUUUAUAUUGACUUUCCAAAAAUACCAAAAUUUCUAUUAAUAAUUUAUCUUAUUUAUUUUUAUUAAUUUUUUUUUUAAUACAUAAACAAAUUUCACUAUCAGCUGUCUAAAUGCACAAGUCUGUCAACAUAAAAUUGCAAUGCGCAUUAGCGUUGCUUAAAGCGCAUUAAUUUUGCUCGUCUGUCAGGGCUAUUAAGCAAAUACUCACAAGUGUUUGGUUAUGAGUUCACAGUUCUUACAGUUAUGAAUCCGAUAACAUAAAAUUUAACUCCAAAUAUAUAUACUUCUACUACUUAUGAAAUAUACGUUCAGACGCCGCACUAUUUGCAGGUAUAGUCCAGAUUUUAAGGACAAAUUUUCAUAUGUGUGCAAAGUUAGUUUUAAGUUGCUUCCACCAUUGUAUUACCUAAAUUUGUAGUCUUUCAUCUCCAAUACUUUCCUGCGCACCCAUGUUUGAAAUAGUCGGGAAAAAGUCUGAGCUUACUUGCAAAUGAAGGUGUACUAAUUGAUGUUGAAGUAAUAGGUGAAGAAUUUAGGGACAUGUUCGGUCGUGUUAAACUGUAUAUUGCCUGAUAUCUCCUCAAUGCUGAAAUGCUUAACAGCUUCAAUAUUAAUAUCCCUCAUAGGUUUUGCUAUAGGAUAUAAGAAUAGUGCUACUUUGUGGUAAAUGCUUAAAUAUAGCCAAUGUACGGUCGAUAUGUUUGGAUAUAUUGUAUUUAAAAGAGACUAUUGCUGGAACGUCUGAAUGAACUACUUCGCAUAUCGUUUUUAAUCGAAAAAUUGAAGUACAAAACAUAUUGACACAAAAUUACACUCGUGAAAUUUGUUAGAAAUUGUGUCGAAGUAUUGGCUCAACUCUACCGAAGAGUUGACGAUAUUUACAUUAAUCUCAAACCAGCUACUUUGUUAUUUUCUGUUAAAAUACUAUUGAUAGUCGGCCAAUUUAAGAAAGGGACUUAUAGACCUGACAGACGACAGCGCUAAUAUGCAUUAGCGGGCUUAAUUUACAUUUACUUGCGCAUUGGACCCAUGUUAAUGCAAAUUUGUAAUGCACAAGAAUUUCGUGCAUUUAGCUGAAUUUACCAAAUUUGAGUAGGCAACACUGCUUAAAAAUGGCCGAUUUUUGCUAUUUUUUGACAGAUAUCACUUGAAGUCUGCCGCCUCCCUUGCGUUUACAGCAUCAGGGGUAAGCAGUUUUAUAUUGCUAAUUAAAUUAUGUUUAUGUAUAUUAACAAAACAAACAAAUUUUAAUAUUUUUAGAUGGCAGAAAAUAAACAACGCACAGUUCCAAUAUUCUUAACUAUCCAUUUUUCCAAUAUUCUUAACUUUUUCGCACACUUUUUUCACAUUUGAAUCAAUUAUUGCUUUUAAUUUCACUCUAUUAUCUUUGAACGAAGUUAAUAAUAAACAAAUUUUUUCGUUAAAUUUAUAUUGAUUUUCCAAAAAUACCAAAAUUUUUAUUAAUAAUUUCUCUUGUUCAUUUUUAUUUCACUUUUUUUUUUUAAAUAAAUAAACAAUUUUCACAAUCAGCUGUCUAAAUGCACAAAUCUGCCGUCUGUCACCAUAAAAUUGCAAUGCGCGUUAGCGUGGCUUAAUGCGUAUUAAUUUUGCUCGCCUGUCGGGGCUAUUAAGCAUUACCAAGUAAGGAAAUUCGAUUUUUUGUAAUAUUUUACAAGGCUUUGCAAUAGAAUAGGCGAUAGAAAAUAAGUGAUUAGAACAAUUGAAUAUCGUGUAGUUUUGACAUGAGCUGCUUUAAGGUUAUAAAUAAAUUGAGAAAGCAUGCAGAGUAAUUUGCUCUGAAUAUUUAUUCCCGUUGAUUUCUCGAAGUCCAUAGACUUAAUGCUCAAAACUAUGUUUUUUAAAUUGGAAUUUCGAUUCAAUUUUAAUAAAAAACUCUGCUAACAUUCCAAACCCAGAUCCCUAAACAUAACUACAAAAGGGAGGCACUUUUAAGUUAAUUUAUUUAUAAAAUAAGAAAGGAACUCACAUAAUAAAGCCAAUAAUAGCAAAAAUAUUAAAAAUUCAUGGGAAAAAAGUGUACAUACAGCCACAAAAACUUAGUAUUCAGGGGUGUUGUGGAAUGCAAGACAACUGCUUAGCUGUCAGAAUUGCAUACCAAUUCUGAUUUUAAAUGGUGUCACAGAAUCUGAUUGGAUUUUCGUCUUUUCGAACAUACGCAAAACGAAUAUUCGAAUCAGCUGUUUAGUAGUGUGACAAAACAUGCAAAUGAAUACAUUUGGUAGCAAUCCUAUUAAAGUUUUUAAUGAGUUCUGAAUUAAAGAAAGAGUUUAAGAGAUAACAUUUAUCGAAUGAUAAGGACGCAUUUGGGUGUUAAAUUACAUUUAUUACGUUUUGUAAAUCUAAUAUCUUUAGAUAUCCGCAUUUUUUCCAAAAACUCAAUAAUUAAGACAUUUUGUGUUUUACACUUAGGUUUCCCCUAUAGAAAUAAAUAUACAUUAAUUCGAAAUAAUAAAAUGACUUGGUUUCUUAGCUUACAUUUCAAAUCUGUGAGCGACUAUCUUCUUGCUUUGUUUCUGAUAGCAAAACCGAUAAAAUUGGUUUCCGUGACAUCCAAAACCGAUACAAAUUAUGUUUCGAAUAUCAAACCAAUAAUAUCUGAAUUCAUGACACCUACUACGUUUUUGAUCGGUUUCAAUUCUGAUUCCGACAACUAUCGGAUUCCACAACACCCCUGAUUAUUCAAAAAAAAUUAUGAAUAAAAUGAUAAUUUGUUAUCUUUUAGUAUUUGGUCGGUCCACCUUGGGCAUCAAUGACAGCUUGAGGACGACGAGGCAAUGAUGCCACCAAAUUCUCCGUUAUAUUGGAUGUUAUUUCGGCCAAUCACGAAUAAGGGCGGUUUUUAAUGUUUCGCGUCAACGUAACGACAGAAAUGUGUUCUAUUGGAUUUGAAUCUGGUGACUGGGGUGGUGAAUUCAGCUGCCUUGGAGCAUAGUAUAGAAGUCAGUUUCGAACAACGCGCGCAGUAUGCUUCGGGUCGUUAUCUUGUUGGAAAAUCCAUUGAUUUCCCAAACCCAAGAUAUCAACAGACGGCUUCAGAUUUUGUUCCAAUUUGGUUUUGUAUUGAUAACGGUCCAUAUUACUCUCGACAAAAAUCCUCUACAGACGACGCAAUGGUACCCCAAACCAUAACUUUAACGCCACCAUGUUUAACUGAGGGUAUAAAAUUCUUUGGAUCAAAUGCAGUAUUUAAUUUUCUCCAACCUUUUGAACGGCCAUCACUUCCGAAAAUAUUAUACUUACUUUCGUCAGUAAUAAUAAUAAAACACGUUUACAAAAGUAUAUAUCCUUAUCUAGAUGGGCUUUAGCAAACUCGAGGUGAAGUUUACGAUUCUGGGCUGAAAUUAGUGGUUUUCUUCGUGCUACUCUGCUAUGAAAUCCAUUGUAAUGUAGAACAUUUCUUAUUGUUCGAGGAUUAACAGUUAUAUUGAAAUAUUUUUCGAUGUGUUCCGAUAUUUUGGGGCACUUAUUUUUGGAUCCUGGUUGACUACUUUAAUAAUACUACUAACAUCGCGUAUUGAGAGAGUCUUAGGUCUACCAGUUCGGGGCUUAUUUUCGGUACUAUUUGUAUUAUUAUAAUUUCUAAUGAUCGUUUGUACAGUAGCACAACUUAGUUUCACGGCCUUAGCAAUUUCUUAAUACGAUUUGUUUUCUUUUCGGAGAUUAACCACAAUAUUUCUAACUGAAACGUGUAUUUAUUUUCGAUUAUCCAUUUUCAUUGACAAAAAUAAAAGGAACUCCACUAUAAUUAUCGCUUUGCCCACUUAAAUAAUUGCAUUGCUUGUAAUUUAAAAUAUGGAGAUCAAUGAUAACUGUUAUUACGCUUUCUUUCCGCAUAAUUUUUGGUUCGAUGUUAAGAGUUGUCGUGCUGUAUGUAGAUUUUUUUCCCCGCUUAUUAUUAUGUUUUUCCUUAAUAUUUUCUAUUUUAUAUAUUUUAAUAUAUUUUCUUUCCUACAAAUAAUAUUUGUUAUUGGUGCCUUAAACGUUGAUAUAUAUAUUUUUUUCAAUUAUCGCUCCUAAUUUUCUGGUACAUCAAAAUUAAUGGGUGUAUGUAGACUUUUUUCCUUGACUGUAUGUAAUCAUGAAUAAACUAUGAGCCACCCAACUCAUCUAAACGUAUGCAAUGAAUAGCUUAAACCAUUGUAUGAGAGAAGCAAUUCGAGCCAAGUGGAAGCGAUAAGUGAUUGUGAGACAUAAUCACACUCAUUAUUACACAAGCAAGCCAUGCAAUUGUGAGAAGAGUCGGUGAGUCAUGAAUUUGAGAGUAUAAUCAUAGCCAAGUUGUUCACUGCAGAUCACUGAUUCGAAUAAGGUAAAUAGUAUGAGGAAAUAUUGAAAAUUUUGGGUAUGUUCGGUUGUUGAAAUAUUGUUGAAAGAAAAGGCUUUGCUUGUACUUUUUCUGGCUUGAAUUUUUGUAAAAUUUGUAUAAUAAAACUUGUACAUGAACAAGAAGACGAUUUAUUUGUAAAAAUGUGUUAUCAAAAACGAAACGUAUAUUUUUUAAUUAAAUAAUAUAUAAAUUUUAAUUUACUUCUAAUUUCCAGAAUUCUUAUUAUAUUUCAAUGAUAUUAUACUUUAAGAAAAUACAAAAUUAACAGAUGAAUUGCAUUUUAGAACGCAAUACAUAUCAUCAUACACAUUCUUCUGAACAUUAUCCAUAUCUUUAUGUAUUAUAUUAUAUCAUAUAUGUAUGUUAUAAGCACUUCAUGAAAUAAUUAAGAAAAAACAUUUGCGAAGCGCAGUAAUUGGAACUGACAAAUAAAACCCAGUAAUAACUUUGUAA